AUGAGUAGUAAAGAAUCAAAAUAAAUCUCUAAUUCUCGGUCUGAAAAUAUUUGCUUACCCAUGCCAUCUUGAAAACCAUGGUUACAGACAUAAUCUGUAUGGGUUAGUAUCUUCCAGCAACUGAUUAAUUUUCGUUUUAAUCUCGCAUUCCAUUGCCAUGUCGAUAAGGAUCCUGUUAGUGACCUCUGCCCUGUGUACACACCAGUAUACAUACUACCUGUACAAGAAGCCCGACACUCGAGGCUGAGCACAGUCGCGGACCAGGAAGUAAAGUCGAGGUGAAGGCGGGCCUGGAACCGCCGGGCCGCGAGUUGCGAUGUAAGUAAGUAGUCAGUACACACUGGGUCCCUCUCCCUGCUGUACACUGAAGACUACUCUCCAUGCCGGAUGUCCGCUGACUCGGUCUGUCGCACGAGGGCGCUAGUGUCUGUGAUGACACAGUGAGCCACACGCUGCCACCAACUCAUCUCUGUGGCGGAGUCUAUGUUAUAAGAAGUCGACGUCCGUGAUGUCAGAUGAUCUGCACGUCUGGUGGAGAGUGGACUUACAACGAUGGACAACCGUCCCGGGUACCCUUAGAUCAUCAGUGCUACCUCACCCCAAGAAGGCAAGGGCUGAAGUUUGUUCUGUUCCAGUCCAGACACCUUAUGUGAGGACAACUAAAGCUUCGUAAAGUGUUACUGUGAAUAAUGUUCGGUAUCUGCUCAGCAAAACUGUGAAAGUUCAUUGCUUUUCACACAUUGUCAAGUGUCCAGUAUGCACGUGAAGAUGAAAACCAAACAGCGGUCUCUUGAGAGAGGGGAUUCAGCUCCAGAGGCAGAGACCAGCCUGCUGUCCGUGCCCAGACCCUCCAUUCAGUGGGGGGAGCGGUCGGAACGACUGGCUCCCUUGAUGAGGCACAACAACCUGCCGUUGGUGGUGAUGUGCGACCAGCAGACGUUGCCCUUCAUGGAGACCAUCAACUUCAACUUCGCGCAGCCGCUGCUGCUGCACAUGCGCCGCACGGUGAGGAAGGUGGUUGCCGCCAGCAUCUUCUACGAACAGUGUGAUGGCGUCGUCGUCCGACGACAAGCCGAGGGCCGUCUCCUCAUUCCGGAGGACUACAAAGGAUGGUUUGCAGUGCUGGGGUUACCAGACACUGUCACCAGAGAAAAGGUCGUCCCUCACUUCCGUCAGGUGGCGCAGCUGGCCUUGUCAAAGUGUCAGACGUUUCUCAUUGGUGGAAAUCAGCCAAUCGGUGCUUUCUACAUUGACACGUCUAAUGGAGGGGCUUGCAAACCCUUGCCCCGGACUCUGUACCCGGGGGAUGUCCUGAAGAUGGGAACUUUGUACGCUGCCGAAACAACUGUCAAGGUCAAGUCGGGACCGUUCCGGGGCAAGAAGACAGUGAAGAAGGAGGAAAAGUUCCUCCUGUGCACGGACGAGAACGACCGUGACGUGUACCUCCCGGUGGAAAAGCGGGGCGUCUUCUAUGUGCUGACCAUGGAGGGGCAGGGCAUGCCCAAGAUCCCGAUCCUGCGGAUGCCAGACAUCAUCGCACGUUCUCGCUUCCCUUGCAUCGUGAAACUCAUUUAUGGGCGAGUGCCCCCAACUCCUUGUUCUUUCACGGGAACCCUCCUGCUGCAGGAUUCCUACAUGGAGACGUCGGUGAUUGCGUGCACCAUGUUCAACGUGAAGAACAUCUUCGUGGACGUUCCCAUCGACACGGAUCUGAGGUUCUUCCUGGCGGAGAACACCAGGGAGGUGGUGGGGUCGCAAGCCUAUAGAAGUGCCGCCAGACUGUGUCACGAGAAAGCCAGCACCUACAUGCGCAACAUGAAAGUUGCUUACUACGUGGAGAACAACGACAGGGACGUUGCCGAGGGAGACGCCCCUAGGGAACAGCUGUCACAAAUGAAGGUGUCGAGUAGUGAGUCGCUUCCUGCGCAUCUGUCGCCCAGACAAAGUCAGUCCUCACGUGGCCGGCCAAGCAUCGUGGAUGAACAGCCGCUGUUCGAUCCUCCCGAGUCGACUUCCAAGACCUCAAAAUCUCCUCCCGUCGACAAUGACAGUUCGCUCACGACGACAGUUGCUUCUAACUCGCCCACAGUUCUGCGCAAAGACAAGACAUUUUAUUUGCCAGAUGAAAAGGAAGUCUUACCACUAGUCCAGAAAUCGCUGUCAGUGCCGCACCUGCUGAUGUCCACAAGACCUCUCCCUCAAACACCAGAGGAAUCUUCCUCUGGUGGUCACUACAUGACCAUGGAGGACAAUGCAAGGGAUCGGUCUGAGGUCACCCCGCUGCACGACCUCCCAAAGACAGAAGGUCGCGCGCCCCCUCCAACACCUCCCAAACCUCGUAAAUGCUCGACAAACGACUCCGUGUACCAUCAGGUCUGGAAUGGACAGGAGCAGGUGCCGCCUGACGAUGGGAUUCAGGAUUCAAGACUUUUGAGGGUGUCUGACACCGCCGUCAAGAGGUUGUCCAGUUUCACUUUUGCUGACAAUUAUUUGAUGUUUCCCGUGGUGAACAGGGACAAUAAGACUACAAAAGUAGUCUCCCCAAAGGCAGCGAAGAACUCAGAAAGUCCCUACGAAAUGAUGUCGCCACCAACAGAACCCAAAAGUGAAUGUAGACCACCUCAACCACCAUCCACCUUAUCACUAUCAAAAUUACCUCCCCUUCCACCUCCCCCUAAGAAGUGCAGCUCACAGCCACUCAUUUUCUCUCCAGAAUCGGAGGAAUAUUCUAGCAGGAGAGAGAGGCCCGGGUCUGUGUCCUCCACUUCCGACACAGCAGACUACACCUCGCACUUGUCGCCCGUUGUCAGCAGGAAGCUUGACGACCGCAUGGUGAGGAAAACGAGUUUCACUUUCUACGAAGGUCGCGACUCCGAGGCAUCCGCCUCCUGCUUGGUUGACCCCGACCUUGCCCUCUCCCCUGGCCUGUACAGCGACUUUGAUCCUGAGCAGCAUUUUGUUCUCACUAAUGCUGAUGAAUCCAUCUACGUGAAUCUUCAGAACAUAGUGAAGCUGGAACAUGCGAGUGAAUUUUAUGACGACCGGAACAAACAGAUCCAUGUGCGGGACGGUUCCAUACGGUUUCGUAAUCCGCUGAAUGAAGAAGUGACAUCAGAGGAUCUUUUCAAAGACCCAGACUUUGGUGCAGGACCCUCUUUACCUCCAAAACCUUGUAAGAACCCGGAUUCUUACCUACAUCCAUGCACUGACGAGUCUUCUUCGUUGGAGUCUUCAGAAGCAUCCUCUAGUGUGGUGGACGAUUUGCCCCUGGGGGCCACGUUUUCCACUUUAGUUCACCAGACAGACGGGGCCUCAGACUCGGGGUUUCAGAUGGACAGUGUUGGGUCACAUGCUACCAGUACAAUGACAGACCACUCGUUGUCCAACAUGUCGGUGCCGGACCUGAUGGAGGCCUUGCAAGGUCUGGGUCUCAAGCCGCAGACCCUGGAUCAGCUCAAGCAAGAGAAGAUCGACGGGAAGCUGCUGGUGUCUCUCAAUGAAACAGAACUCAGAGAUGCUGUCCCGGGGCUGAGAGACAUCGACUUUAAGAAAAUCUGCAUGUUUGUCAGUGGAUGGAGACCAAAGUUGGGCCUCGAGCGCCAACUACACAAUUAGUCCAAGGUUUCCUUGCUCUGUGUUUACUUGCUUCAUGUGGACAUGUGGAAAGACAUAUUUGUAUGUGAGGCCAAAAUACAUUUUAAAAUCAGUAAUGAAAACCAGUACUGUUCUUAUGUAAACAUUUUAUGAUGAUUUAUUGGUCCAGGUAUUGAACAUUCGGAAUGAAAUUUCCAUGAUAUGUAUCUCGAGACAAAAAGUUAACAAAGAGUAAACUAAAUUUUCGUCCGACUUUACAUGAGCUUCAAUUACAGCACUGUCGCCUUGGUGCAAUAUUACAUUUAUAUUCUGUUAUAUUUUGCUAAACAGAAGAAAUUAUUUUGUAAUUGACUUA